ACCAGAGAAAUCCACUCAGAGUAGUAGAAAUAAGAAAAAUAAAUGAGUUUCUCAAAUUCAUAUUGCUAAAAUUGCCCCUAAAAGUAGUAAUUCCGUUCCAUGCACCAAUAUUUUUACAAAAUGGGCCAAAUUUCAGCCCCCGAUAUCUCCGCAAAUAAUGGGAGUUUUUGAAAAAAAAUUUAACUGUGGCCUAAUUUCAUUGUUUUCUAUAAGAUAUCUGAAAAUGAAGAGAUUUUGAAGACAUCACUUCCAGACUUUGCCGAUUUUGCCUAUAUUUCUCAGAUAAUGGCUCUUAAACAUUUAAAUAGUUGUAUGUGCGAAUAUUGAAAAAUAAUUUAAGAUUAUAUUAACUUUAGAACAUAAACUCGUAUUAGUUGCUAUACAUCAGUUCUGAAAAUAAAAUUUUCACGGUGGGGACCAAUAUCGCUGUAAGUUUAAUUUCCAAAACAUUUUUAAAGUUUCGAAAUGGCUACAAUAUUAUUUUGUUCUACUGUGCUGUAUCGAAAAAAAAAAAUUACUUUGCUGACUACAGAAGUAAGCUAUUAAUGCAUCCUUUUUAUUGUACCCAAUCAAUGUUUAUUCAUGAAAAUAAAAGUUGUAUAUGUGGUACCCAAUACAGCUAUAAGUCUAAUAUCAAAACAUGCCAAUUGUCAAAAUCUUUUCAAUUAUCAACCGUACCAGACGUGUUUAACAUUGAGGAAAAUCUUAAUGUCAGCAUAGAAAGUGAUACUUGGAGUGAUUACAAUGUUAUUCAGUUUUGCCAAAAAUAUAGAGUGAUGUACAUUAUGAGGGGCUUACCAGGUUCAGGAAAAUCUACUAUUGCUAAGCAAAUAUCCAAGUUAUUUCAUAGCAAUGAUGUUGUAAUAUGUUCUGCAGAUGACUUUAGAUUCAACAAAGAUGGUGUAUAUGUUUUUGAUGCUUCAAAACUUUAUGAAACACAUAAAAAGUGUCAGAAUAAAGCCCAAAAAUACUGUAUGGCUGGAAAAACUAUUAUUAUUGAUAACACUAACUUAUCAAAAAAAGAUUUUGAGCCAUAUUUAUCAAUGGCAGAGCAACAUCAUUACUUGACAUUGUUUGUUCAAACACAAGAAACUGAUACUGAUGUUCUUUAUUCUCGAAAUGUUCACAAUGUUCCAAAACAAAAAAUUGAUGCAAUGAAAUCCAAUAUGGAAAGAGUUGUUCCAUUUUGUUUUUGUUGGGCUAUUCCAAAAGAUGAGGCUGAUCGGUUAAAAAAUUUUAUUGAGAAAAAUUUGUUUGCUUGGCACCAUCCGUUGUUCAUCUUGUUUCUGCAGCAGGUAGGAGUAAAUCGAUUCAAUUUAUAUGAUAUUUUUGGCAAUAGUUGUUUAUUUCCAAUCCAUGUAUUAUCAUAUUAUUCAACUGAUAAACAAAAUAUUCUAAAGUAUGGAUCAUCAGAUAGUGUACGUCGUCAUUUAGGUCGUGUAAGUCAGUUGAAUGUAAUUGGCUAUUGUAUAACUAAAAAUUCUCUGUUUGCUCGCGUGAAAUUGACAGAUAAACAAAAAAAAGUUUUUUGUGAUAUUGAUUGUAAAGGAAACACCAUUCAAGUUGACAGUAGAGAUAUCAAAUAUAAUAAAACAAUUGAUACAUUUAAAGAAUAUAUAUCUUCUGAUAUAAUUGUUCCUGAUUUUGGUAUUGGUUGUACUGCUUAUAUAUCAUUGGGAAUUAAAAAUGGUAUGCUUCCUGAGCAAUCAAGAAAUGACCUUAUGUUUCUAUUAGAUGCAGAACUUAAUUCAAUGCCGCAUCUUGAGUUAAAAUUAAAUUCAGGCUUAUUGAGAUGCUAUAAAAGAGAUUUGUGGGUUGUUUAUUUGAAUAAUUUAAAUUGUUUUGAUACUAUGUUUAUUGCCAUUGUAUAAAAAAUAAUGAGCAAUGCUUUAAAUGCACAUUAACAAUAUAUUUGAUACCAUUUUUGUUUUAUUUUAUGAAAGGUGCUACUUAAAAACUAGAAUUUUAGUUCAUAUAAAAAAAGUGAUAAAUGUGUUUAACUUCUGUCUACUAAUGGCUGUAAAUAUGUGUGUGUAUAUUCAAUGGUUUUGGAAUAAAGUUGACUUUUUUCCAUUAAUGUUGAUGGUUAUAGAUAUUAGCAUGUGUUUUAACAAAUACACCAACUGAAGAUUUAGGUUUCUGCUGGAAGUUUACAUUUAGAGAAAAAAAUCAGCUGUGAAUUUUUUAUUUUUUAAACUUUUUUGUUAUUUUUGAAACUGUCAAAAGUAUAUCAAACUUAUUUUUCUAUCU